AUGUCGAAUAGCGCAUUUGGCCCGGUUCUAAGUUCUGGCAUUGGUAUGCCGAAUAUUAUGAAUAGUAGUAGUAUUAGUAGUAGUAGUCACAAUAGUAAUAGUAAUAGUAAUAAUAAUAUUCCAUCAAUGAAAGAAGAGCAUACCACAGCUUUAGGCUUAAAGGCUAUUUAUGCAGCUUGUCGAGUAUUGUAUCCUGACCAGCCAACUCCAUUGCAAGUAACAGCUGUUCGAAAAUUUUGGAUGGGUGGACCAGAUCCCCUGGAUUUUAUUAAUAUGUAUGCAAAUCCUGGUUCUGUAGAAUUACAAAGUCCUUCACACUGGCAUUAUGUAACGAAUGGUUUAUCUGAUUUAUACGGAGAUUCAAGGUUACACAGUCAUUCUAAUACAACUGAUGGUCCCAGCGGUUUUGGUUUCGAGUUAACAUUUCGUGUAAAACGUGAACCAGGCGAGACAAAUCCACCAACCUGGCCAGCUCAUUUAUUACAAAGUCUUGCACGUUAUGUAUUUUAUUCACAAGCUCAAUUAAUGGCUGGUGACCACAUCCCCUGGCCUACAUCAUUAGAUAAACAACCGAAUUCAACGCAACAAUCUGAGAAACGACCAUCUCAUCAUCCUUCUCAACAACAACAGCAACAACAAUCGACAGAUAAGCAAAUGAAUCCAGAAGAACUGGAAAAUGCUAGAAAAUCGAUUGCUAUGGCAGCUGCAGCCACUGCAGCGUCUAUCUUAGCUGCUAACAGUGCUAAAACAGGAAUGACUGCAUCAACAUCAGCUACUCUGUCGGCAUUGACGAAUCCAUCGACGUAUGCAUCAAUGGUUGCAGCGGCUUUAGCUGCAGUGUAUAAUAAUAAUAACAGUAGCUCUUCGUCAGCGAACAACACCUCGGAGGAUACUACAGUUAAAGAAAAACAAGCAGGCAAUAAUUCAUCAAGUUCACGUAUUCAUCAUAUGCUGUUAAUUGAAGAUCCUCAGUUGAAAAAGAUUACAACACCAUAUGGUUAUGUUCAAUUUUUACAGUUGGUUGGAUUGUGCGAUGAAGAAUUACGUUUAGUACAACGAUGGACUGGUUCACAUGUCGCUGAAUUAAUGAGUUGUUCCAUUGAAACUGGUGGUGGUCUACUUGUCACAGAUAUGCGAAGAAAUUUAAGUCUAUUUGAAUUACAACCAAAUCUAGUUGAUUAUAUCAAUGAAAAAUUGAAACGUGAAGGUUCUAAUUUAUCCGGUGUGACAACAUCUUAUUUCGCCUGGUCACCUAUUACAAUGUCAGCGUUAGGUGAACUGCUUCCCGGCGAGUUGGAAUCACGUCGUCUACGUCGUCAAACACAGAAACAUGACUGCUCUUCACCGCCAUCAUCAUCAUCAUCGUUAUCAACGAGUUGUUUGUAUACAUCGAAAACAAGUGGACAAUCUUUGUCUAAAUCAAUUUUAUUCCCUAAUUAUAGUUCUACGCAUAAAUCGGAUACAGAUAUUGGGUCGAAAACGAUAGCAAUGGAUACCGAUGACACGUUGGUUUCAUAUUCAGUGAAGAAACGAAUUGAAGAAGAUGAAUUUGUUGAUAUUGUUGGUGGCAAUGGUGGUCAUGUCGGUGGAGAUGGCGGCGGUGGCAACGGUGAGGAUGUUGUUGACGCAACAGCACAAAAGUUGUUAACCAGUGAGAAUUAUAUCCAUUCAUCAACUACAGCUAUUGGUUCAAUGUCGCCUGAAGUGAAUUCCUCGCUGAAAAUGUCACGUUUUGAGUCGAAAUCACGUAUUCUAUCGUCUAUGAGUAAUCGUAAUGCAGGUGGUACAGAUGGACAAACAAUCAGUGCACCUGGUGGUUUCUCUGCAUGGUGUGGACGAGUAGGACCUAUGAAUAUGUUUAAUCAAUCACCAUUUGGUGGUCGUCAUGGAAUGAAUAAAACCGGUGGAAAUAGUUUCACCUCACCUACAGAAUUGACAAAUUCACUUGGCGGUGCACUUGGAUUUAAAACAUUCAACUCAGAACUACCAUCGAAUAUGUUAACAGAUAAACCGUUUGAUCCGUCUACAGCAACUGCUACUGCUGCUGAGCCUAAGGGAAGUCGUACUCCAGGUACUGGAAGUACUGGGGAUGGAUCUGCUCCAUGCACUCCACUAGCACACUUAUCACUUUCUCCAGCUAGCCUAGAUAUGAUGCCAACACGUGUUAUUGACUAUUUGGAUGUGCAUUUAUGUCGUGAAGCUGGUGAAAUGCUCCCGUUGGCUGUGAAUGAUCGUUUACGUCAUGGUAGACAUUUUACAUUUUUAAAUGCUAAUUAUCCUGACCAUGCAAUCACUUUAGUUCCAACUGGUGUGUCUGGAGCAUUUGUUAGUGAAGAGACACCAUAUGUUGCUCGUGGACCAUGGUUACAGAUUCUCCUCACAGAUGAUUUUUUGGAACAACUGGAAUUUCAAUUUUCAUGUUUAUUAUAUCCGGAGGAGUUACGUCUCCCGUUGGUAUUUCGUUGGCCUGAAAGACAUUUACGUAUAUGCUUGAUUGAUGUGAAUUCACCAACCUCUUCGUGUGUAAUCCCAAGUGGUGGUGCAGCAAGUAGUAGUAUGCCGCUGAAUCCUCUUUCAUCCUCAGUAUCGAUGAACUCUAAUACGCCCACAACACCUCCGACUACUACUGCUAGUGCUUCGAUUACUCCAUCUCAUCCUCAAGGCCAUCCGCAUAGUAUUCAGUCUAUUGUGCCCAAGGCAUCAAAUUCCACGUGUAAUUGGAAUAUAUCAUCAAUGUUUGAGAAUAAAUUAUUAUCGAGUAGUGGGACACCUUCUUCAGUAGUACAACAACAGCAGCAACAGAAUGCAUUUACAAAAACUGAUUUAUUGUUCCCUUCAUCAUCGUCAUCCUUAUUUUCAUCAUCGGCAUCGUUAUUUCCACCGGGAUGUAUCCCACCACCGAAUGUUUUAGCCUCUUUAUUCAGUUCCUCAGCCGGUAGUAAUAUGAACAGUAAUAGUAACUCUGGAAGCAGCAUUCAUAGAAGUACCAAUACUACUACUUCUUCUACCAGCAAUACUCCGAGUACUAAUCCUGGAAAUAACAAUAAUAAUAAUAAUGAGUCAUCUCAAACAGAAUUACUGCGAAAUCCAUUUCUCCAAUCGAUGUCUUCUUCUUUACAACAAACCCCAUUGCCGCCAACUUUACCAGUUCCUCAACAGCCACAGUCAUCAUUGUCGUCUUCAACAACAGACUGUAGUGUAAUGGCGAAAAUGGAUCCAACUGUCUUUAUGAAUAAUUGGUCAACAUUUUUACAAACACUUAUGAACAGCAACAGUGGUGGUGGUGGUAGUAGUAAUGCAGAUGUCUUUAGACAGGCGAUGUUCGGUGGUGGUGGUCAUCUUAGUCACCCUAAUCAUAACAAUAAUAAUAAUAAUCCUACUGCUUAUUUUAUGGAAUUAAUGCAAAGUAUCCUGAACAACAAUAGUAGUACUGUUAAUAAUAGCGGUACUAACCCCAGUGUUUUGCCGCAUCAUCAUCAUCCACUGAGUGCUGCUAUUACAUCAUCCGGUGGGGCAGGAUUACCAUCUGCCGCCGCCGCCUCGUCGUCGUCGUCAUUAUCAGUAACUAGGCAUUUUUAA